AUGAUUAACGUCAAGUGUAUUGCAGUUCUGUUGUUUAUUGGGAUUAUCGCCAGCCUUAAUCACAACAGCGUUGCCAUAGACGUAGACACAACCACCGAACCGAUCACUACGGAGAAAACUUCAACAACCUCCGUGACUCCCUCACUCAACAGCAAAACUACAGCAGCCAGCACCACCUCAACUCCCCCUCUCAGCAGCACAACUACACCAGCCAGCAGCACCCUAACUCCCCCACCCAGCAGCACCCUAACUCCCCCACCCAGCAGCACAACUACACCAGCCAGCACCACCCCAACUCCCCCACCCAGCAACACAACUACACCAGCCAGCAGCACCCUAACUCCCUCACCCAGCAGCACAACUACACCAGCCAGCAGCACCCCAACUCCCUCACCCAGCAGCACAACAGAAGGUCCCACCACAUCAGAAGGCAGCACCCCAUCGCCUACUCGUCCUACCACCGUGUCACCAACCACUCCAGAUGAACAUAAAAGCGGCGACAAGUCAAGUGGGCAGAGCUUUGAUGCAGCUUCCUUUAUUGGAGGGAUGGUCCUGAUUGGUGGCCUUAUUGCCAUAGUCUUUUUUGGCCUCAAAUUUUACAGGGCUCGAAAAGAGCAGAGCUACCGUACUCUUUAA